AUUUGGUCUCCUUCCCGCUCCGAUUACUCGCUUCCACUUGCCCAAUCUAAUGCGCCUCUUUGUCACCCCGCGCUUUCCUCCCCUCCACCAUGCAAUACAAGUACAUCUUCCUCCCACCAAUCCACGCCCGCCCAAACUCAACACCAAAAACCUCACGAUGACACCCCAGCCACCUCCUCAACCAACCCUGGGGCAACCGCCCUCCCUCUCCACAACUCUAAACCCUCCAUCGGGGCCCAGCUCUCCCCAGGCAAGCAACUCUGCAUUCACACGAACCCAAAGAUCGGCCCAGGCACGCAAUAAGCCCUUCAGUACAGCGAGCACUCUUCUUGCAGCCUCCACUUCCGCCGAGACGCAACGAGGGAAGAGCGAAGUACUCGGCGGGCCAAGCAUGGAUACAUACGAGCAGGCGCAGUUGAGGAAUCAAGCGGCGGAGAUCUUGGAAAGUGUGGAGUUGUUGAUCUGGUAUUCUGCAAGUAGGAAUGAGGUACGGCAUCCCCCUGUGCAGACACCUUAUUCCCUCGACUAGGGACGCAUACCUACCAGUUGCUGUUAAUGCCCC